AAAAACACGUACAUAAGAAUAUUAUUUUUAUUACCCAACAAUUACACACAUCACACUACACAGAAAUAAUAAACUGUAAAUAAGUAAAAAAAUAUAUCUACAACAUAAAAAAAUGCCGUGUGUCUUGCGAGAAAAGAGCCUAUCCUAUAGUUUAAAGCGUGAUAAAAACAAUGAUCGAGACGCCUUGGCACCGAGACCUGUUCAUCCACGGCCUUUAAGGUUUCACGGACUAUUUGGUAUGUCCUAUGUACGACAGCAUGUGAUGGUCGACGACCGAUGGACUCCCAACUCCCUUACGGAACAGUUCAGUGGCAUGAGUGAUUUGCUCAACCGCCGCGCAAUUUUCAAACAUCAUGAGACAAAAGCGAAUCGACAGCGCUUUUUUAAAGAGAGCAAACGUUUAAAGCAGCAAUGUCGUGAUGGGCGUGCCAAGCUCCAUAAUAUUCUAGCUGGUGAUAAUUCACACAAGAUUCGUAAUUUCUUGAUCAAUCAUAAAGAUAUGCAACGUCUUUACCAAAAGAUGCCCAUGUACAUGGUCGUUGAUAAUAUCAAUCAGCGCACAUUUGUUAUGCGAAAGGAGCGCGAUCGUCUGGAGUUUCGCCUGGAUCAGCUAAAGAAACAGUACAGGGAAUUGUUGCUGAAUCGCGCCCUGCUCGAGAAUCGGAUCAAGUAUCAAAAUGAGUUUGUGCUGGAAGGGGAGCUUAAAUCUCGUAUAUUCAUAAAGAAAAUCGAGAACUCCAGUGUGAGGUUGAAGGCCAUUAAGACCAUUAAUAACACAUAUAAGAAAAUGAUGCAAGUGCUAUUACACGACGAGAUAUUUUAUGAGCCUAUAUUGCGCUCUCUCAGUGGCGACAUGGAGGAUCAGUCCAACUUUAUAAAGCACAUACUUUACCUGGGCACACCGGCCAUAGCUAAAUUCAAGGAGCUCAGCGAGGAAUACAGGCAGCUGGAGGAUAAGACUCGGAAAAAUCUGCAUGCCAAAUUGCAAAUGUUAGCUUCAUUCAAGAAGCCCAUGUCCUUAAUAGCUGCGGCCCCCGCAAAAGCUAAGGAGGAAAUCUCAGCGACUGCUGAUCCCAAGCGUUAUGUGCGCGAGACGCAGAGUAUGUUAAUGCUCAAACUGGAGUUAAAAUCUAUUGAGAGCACUAUGAGAGAGGUAAAAUUUGUGACACUUUGCUCUCAGGCAAGAGAAAUAUAUCCACGCAUGAAGAGUCAAGUUAAUGAAAAUGAGAAACUCCAUCGGUUGAUUGAGAAUGAUAUGUUGGGUCACGAAAUGCUCGAGACCAAAAUGAAAUGCGCAACUGUUUUAAAAGGUGUGUUGGUUAACAAUCUCUCCGAGGAGGAAAUCAAUCGUAUAGAGCGCAUUAAGGACUUGAAAAAAAUGCUACAGGGGGACGAGGAAUUUGAACAAGAGACGUUGAAGCACAUGAAAAACCGUGCUGAUGCGUAUGUUAUGCUACGCGUGAGUAUUUGGAACCUGGUCGAAAUUCUUCGACAUGUAGAUCGUCAACCAAAGCUGAUACGCUCUCAGUAUCCGAAUUCGUACUUGAAGUUGCCUCUACUUAAGUUCGAAAUGCUGAAUAUGCGAGCUGCUGCGCCUGAAAUAUAUGAAGAGAAUAUUGAUGGCGUAAUGCAUGUGCUGAAGCGUAAGGUUUACAAAUUAAUGAAGGGUUACUUGGUGGAGAUGAAACCAGCAACGAUUAAGCGUAACCGCGAGGAAUAUCAUGCCGAUUUCCUGGCCACUCUUGACAUGUUCGAGCAAAUCGACGAUGAGGAACCACAACCUGUGGUGCCAGAAGAGGAUCUGCUGCAGGAAAAUAAAAAGGAAGCCAAUAUACCCAAUCGCAAGCAGAUCAAGGCUCAAAGCGUCAAGCUACUAGAAGAGCAGGCAAAAAAAGAUGAAUAAUCACAAGUUAAUUCGAGUUGACUUUUAAAACUCUUACGAAAUUCCAUAGCGUGCUGAAAUUUAAGCUCAUAAAAUCCCUUUCUAGAGCGGAUUUAUAUAAAUUAGUCACUGAUUUCAAAGUUUGUUGGCAAUAAUAAAUUUGUAUG